AGGUACUGGCAAAGAGGAGGACGAAUAUGUGAAUCCAUGAUUUAAAAAAAAUCUGAAAAAGUUGAGCGCCCUUUCUUUACCACAACGGAAUUGGAAAUUAAUAUACUGAACUGAGAUUGAGAUUUGCAUUAGCGCGAAAGCGAAACAGAAGUGAAUGAUGGAAUGGGCAUCGAGUGCAUCAUUGCUGGACAAUUUGAAGAUCCACGAUAAUCCAUGGCUUCCCCCAAAAACCUGGGAAUCACUACCCUCCGAAAGCGGACUUCGUGCACGCUCCUCUUCUCCUUCUUCAAAUUCAUCAUCAAACCAAACUCUCUCCACUCUAUCAGAACAAAGUUUGGUGAGGCUAGCAACAAACGCUUUGCUAGGUAUAAAAUCAUCUCUCAUCACAAUCCAAACCCUAUCUCCCAUUCUUUCAUCUCAUCCUCCUCACACAACUUCCCUCCGUCUCUGGAAUCGAGCCUCCACCACUCACUCUCUGUCAAACAUACUUCAAUCCAUAGCUUCCACCGGCUCUCUCGUUUUCCUUCUCCGUCACUUUGUUGAUUACUUCACAAAUACCUUUAAUCAAGACCCUUCCGAUCCUCCCUAUACUCUUGUUAACCAAGCAUUUGCUGUGGCUGUGGGAAAGGUCUUGGAAGGAUACAUUUCUGGUCUUGAUACAGUCCAGGCAUCUGUAAUUUUCAGACGUUCUUCCAAACAUGUUGAUUUCUCUGGUUGUUUGAAGAGUGUUGCGCAUUCCGAAAUUACACUGCUGGAGUUGUUUCUGCAUACGAACGAACUUAGGGUUCGGAUUGAAGCACUUGCGAGCAUAUGUAACCUGCAAAAGUGGGGUCAUUGUGUUUCAGAUACUGAUUUUGAGGAUCUGGUUACUAAAGCUACUUCUGAAUUUUGUAACUUCUCCAGAGGGGGGGACUUGUUGACGUUUUUGUAUGCACAAUUACAGGUUGCGGAUUCUGCUCAUUGUGAUUUGCUCAAGUUUCUUUUUCUACAAUCGUGUGAACCAUAUUGUGGAUUCAUUAGAUCUUGGAUUUUCAAAGCGGAAAUCCAUGAUCCCUAUAAGGAGUUUAUUGUUGAAAAUAUAGACUGUUUUUCGUCUAAUUCUCAAGAUCAAGCUGGUAGUUCUGUUGAAUUCCCACACGUUCAAGCUGAUAAUUCUGUUGAGUUUCCAUCGGCGAGUAUCAGGUUGCGAGAUGGAGUUUCCGUUCCUGGAUUUCUCAAGGAGUUAUUGGUUCCACUUGUUAGAGCUGGUCAGCAGCUUCAAGUACUAUUGAAAUUGCUUGAACUGUGCAUUGACGUUGCUGCUGGAAAACAUAGUUGUGACGACUUUCUACCUUGCUGGAGUGGCUUCUCAAGCAAUAGUCUGCCUUAUUUUUCUCCACUGACUUUCAGCAAAGAUAUUAUAGGAAAUAUGGUGCUUGCAAGAGAAAGCUACUAUAAAAGGAUGAAUGAAAAAAUUGAAAGCCUUUUGAGCAGCUUAGAAGUUAGAUAUCAGCAGGUACCUAUGCCUACUCCAGUUCCUUCUUUUGAUAAUGGUGGGGGGACUUUAGACAAACUCAGCCAGCUCUUGUCAGAAGACGAACCUAUUGUCUGUCCAACAGCAGAUAAAAGUUCUUCAAAAAUGGGAUUUGAUAACUUGGACUCGGAUGUGUCAAGUACAGAAGACGAGUUCUCUUUGCUGGAAGAUAUGUACGAUUCAUCUGAAACUUCAUCCUUAAACAGCACUGAGGAGCAAUUGGAGUCUGAUCAGCUUAGUUGUUGGCCUUGCCCAAUAGCAGGGCAACAAAGUCAUCUAACUGCUUUAAAAUUCUUGAAGAUUAAUACCUUAAGUAGUUCAAUACAUAAUUCCCGUCAUCAUGAAAAAUCAGGCAGUGAUUCACAUGGAAUAUGUGAUAAAAUGGUUGCCGUCGAUCAUUUGGUGAAGUCCUCCAAUGAGGGAAUGAUAUCAAGUGUAUUUGAUACUCUAAAUCCUGAGAAUUCAAGGUGCUCAAGUAAAUUCAGUAUUCUACAGAGAGAUAGCUGCAUUGAUAGUUAUUCAUCAAUGGUUCACUUACUGAAAAAAUCAUUUGAUGAUGAUAGAAGUGUUGAGCAAAAGAUUACAGAAAAGGACUUGCAACCCCUGAAUUAUUCCCAGUUAUGUCAUAUUACCAUUGGUGAUAUUUUGAGCAGGGAGACCUUGAGUGAGGAUAAACCUGUCAAUGAUACACUAGCUUCAUGUUUGGGUGCUUUUCAACCACUAAAAGUUGGCCAUCAGGGCAAUCUUCCUAGCAUUAACCCCUUUAGUAUGAACCUAAUGUUGACUAGAAAUGUUUUGAUUCAACAGACAAGUAUGAAAGGGGAAAAAUGCAAAGUAGAUCAUGCACAAACUUUGCCGUACUUCAACUUUUCUACUGUAGAGGACCCUUGCAAGGUUUAUAUGGACAAGUUACCAACCAAUUCAAUCCGUAUAAACACAUCUUCGUAUCCUUUGGAUAGUUGUGCAUCUACUCAUGGUAAUCAGAAUAAUGAAUAUGAAGAAAUUGGCCACAGGAAUGAGGAUGGGUUGGUUGAUGUUCCCAAAUAUUGUUUUGAUGCUUCACUGGAUGUGGUAGACCAUAAGCAAUAUGUUUCAACAGAUGCAUCAGGUGGGAGCAGCUGGGAAAGUCUGCUGGGCAGUUUUAGGAAAACUGUUGAUUGUGACACUACUCAAAAGCAGAAUUUGCUGUCAACAUUUGAGCUGCCACUUGAUAUUAUAAUUGACAAGUGCUUAAUUCAGGAAAUCAUGAUUCAAUACAAUUAUGUCAGCAAAUUGAUCAUCAACGUGCUUGAGGAGGCAUUUAAGCUGCAAGAGCAUCUUUUAGCACUGCGGCGGUAUCAUUUUAUGGAAUUAGCAGAUUGGGCAGAUUUGUUUAUCUUGUCACUUUGGCGACAUAAGUGGUCUGUUACAGAAGCUAGUGAGAGACUUCCAGAAAUUCAAGACCUACUUGAAUUGUCAAUUCAGAAGUCUUCUUGUGAGCAAGACACCAAUAAGGCUAGGUUGUUUGUGUACAUGAAAGGACAUGGGAAAUUACCUCUUUCGGCAUCUGCUAUCGGGGUCCGUUCUUUCGAUUUCUUAGGACUGGGUUACCACGUGGAUUGGCCACUCUGUAUUAUUUUGACACCUGCGGCUUUAAAAAUAUAUGCUGAUAUAUUCAGCUUUUUGAUACAAGUGAAGCUUGCCUUAUUUUCAUUGACUGAUGUGUGGUGCUCCCUAAAGGAUAUGGCACAUACAACCAAUAAGGAUCUAAAUGCUGAAAUUCGCCAGCAUGGGGCAGGGCAUCUUAAUAUAUUAAUGAAGAUGAGGCACCAGAUCAGCCAUUUUGUAUCUACUUUGCAGCAAUAUGUGGAAUCACAAUUAUCACAUGUGUCAUGGUGCAGAUUUCUUCAUUCCCUUCGGCACAAGGUGAAAGAUAUGAUGGAUCUAGAGUCUGUGCACACGGAAUAUCUUGCUGAUUCAUUAAGAAUAUGUUUCCUGUCUGAUGAAACAAAGGCUGUGGGCAACAUUAUUGAGAGCAUUUUGCAAUGUGCACUCGAUUUCCGGUCUUGUAUUACAAUAGGUGCUUGGGAUAUUGGAAAUGAUCGAGGAGACUUAUUAGGAAAACUUUCCACAGUCAAUAUAUCCCAGGUCCUUUCUAUAAAGCAGAAGUUUGAUAGAAGUCUAAAUGAAUUGCACCUCUGCUAUGUCAAGGAACCUAAGCACGUGAAUUUUGGGCUUUCUCGUUUUUGGGAAUAUCUCAACUAUAAUGAAUAUUAUUCCGAUGUUAACAAUGGGAUGGGGUACUACGCCGCCUGAAUUUUUCCAGCUGCGACGAAGAAUGAAAGUUUGCUUUGAAAGGUCAACAUUGGUAUGUGGCUGGGGGUAUACGGUAUUCCCAUGUUUAUAUCUUUGAUGAAGAAAAUACAAAACGCAAAAAAAAAUUGAAAAAAAAAGCAUUGGAUCUGUGAAAGUAACAUUAUGUCCCAUGAAUUUGCCAACUUCAGGUUGAGAUUAUGUACAUAGAGAAUGUAUGGGUUAUUACUUUCUCAAUGACAACUUCCAAUUUAAUUUUGUAAAAAGAAAAGAAACGGAGAAAAAAUUGGUAUCAAAUGCAUCAUAUUCAGCUCGGUUCAUGGUUCACAAUUUUUGUUUCUCAUGGUAAGAUUUUCUCUUUUUCAUGACUUUAAGUUCCUUUUCAAAUAGUAUCCUCAUUCUCUUUAGUUCUUGAUCUUUUUUAUUGAAGGUUAUGUUUUAUGUUGUGUCAAAGUAUGUUCACUAGACCUAGCUCUUCCAUCAAAAUCAUCUUACCCAAUUGCUCUCAUAUCUUUAAGUAAGGUUAAGUAAAAACUAUUAUAUUUAUUUCUAAGACUUGAUUUUAGCAAUGCCUUUAUGCUUAAAAUUAGUUACCUCUUUUUUUAGCAAUGUUCUCAUUUGAGUAGCAUUUGAGCCACAUUUGUGAGGGAGAAAUCUUGAUAUAAGGGAAUAUGUUAUGCAAAAUAAGAUAAGGGUGAGGCGACUCUGCCUAAAAUCAUUUUGCUAUUUUUUCUAAGACAAAAAGUUGUCCAGUCUUGGUGUGAGUGACUUUUAAUAAGUUAAAUGUGUAAUUGGUAAAGUGAGCUUAAAAUGAGAAGUAGAAACGUUAUCAAGAUAUUGUGUAAUUUUUUUUAGCAAUAUAAGUGCAUACUUGUGAAUUGUUCUAUAACCAUAUUUUUGUCGAUAAAUUGUUCUACAAGAAGAUCAACUUUCAAUCAUCAUAAUUCACAACUUCACAUGCAAAAGUUAUAGGGUCAAUGCAACUUUGAAAUGCUAAAGAAAACAGAUCACCCACCUAUCUCCGGUUGAGAGUGUUUUUCUAUGCAAAAACAUCCUUUACUAUUUUAACAUCAAAUAUAUU